GGGAUGUUAUCAAACACAGUUUCUGUGGGGAAAUAUUGAAUGCCAGCCUGUGCCUGUCACCAGACUCGGCCUCUGGAGGUUUAAUGUUUAAUCUCUGCUCUGGCUUCCUGCUGCAGCGCCUCCGACUCACUUUUAUCAGUCUUGUUUUUACUUUGUGAAGCCAUUUUAGCACAGCCAUACUCUCUAACAGCAAACCAGACUAUUCUGACAACAAGAACAAACGCUGAGAAGAGCAAAGUUCAGCUUCCUUUUAGUUGAUGAUCGGAAACGUUGUCUCCAGCAAAAUGACAGACCUUGGCAGACCGUAUUCGGAUGACAUCUCAUCCUCACAAAGUGAAGAUUUCAACAGAGCACAUGCAGAGGAGGAUCCUUCAGAAGUUCACAAUGGUGACAAUCCUGAGGACUCAAGCUACUCCCCUUAUGAGCAGAGCCAUUCAGACAAGGAAGCUGAGAAGAUGAAAAAAAGUGCCUUGCUGCAAUCUUGGACUGGUGUGUUUAAGAAAUGGAAGAAAACUGAUUCUGAAACGCAUUCCACAUCAUCAGGGGGAAUUAAAAUACUACCCAACGGCACAAGAUGUAGUCCACCUGUUUCUCCAUUGUUGGACAGAAAACAUUGGGAUGCGCUUACAGGUGACCUCAAGCCAAACUUCCCCCCAGGUUCAGUGGGAUACAAAUAUGACACACUUGAAUCUGAACUGACCAGUAUCCAUCCGGCAGAGUACUACGCUGAGAAGUUAGAGGUAUACCAGUUAAAAUACUCCUACCUGAAAUCUUGGCCCGGCCUUUUAAGACUGCUUGCUGGCCUUCAACUGGUGUUCGGCGGGAUGGUUUUUGCCUGUGUAUGUGCGUAUAUUCAAAGAGACAGUGAGUGGUCCAACUAUUACAGGCCAAAUUAUGGGUUGGCUGGUGCACAAGGAUACCGUUACAAUGGCCCCUUGACAGCCUUUGUGUUGGUCAUUGUUGGACUCUCAUGGUUACUGACCGUUAUCCUGCUGGUUUUGGGAUUAACAAUGUAUUACAGAACGAUCCUGCUGGAUUCCAAAUGGUGGCCUCUUACUGAGGCUGUUACGAAUCUGGUCAUUUCGCUGCUGUACAUGGCAGCGGGUAUCGUCUACGUGAAUGAUCUGAAUCGUGGUGGCCUUUGCUUCAUGACGGUCGGUAUCAACCCAGUCCUGUCUAGCCUGUGUCGUGUCGAGGGGGGUCAGAUGGCUGGGACUGCGUUUAUAUUCAUUAACAUGGUCAUGUACUUGAUAAGCUUCCUAGUGUGCCUUAAAAUGUGGAGGCAUGAAGCUGUCCGCCGUGAGAAGGUGGCCAUGACAAGCCAGCUGAACAGCCAGUUACAGCAGCAAACUCUGGAAUCCACAUCCAAUAUGGGCAGCUCCUUGACUAGAUCCAAGAAAAUUUCAUUCAGAGAUGAAAUGGAUCAAAGCUCUGUGUGUAAGAGCAAACUGGCUUAUGUCUCAGAGAGAGCUGAAGAAAGAAAGAUUUUAACUGGAGCUAUUCCAACAGGACACAUUCCUAAACCCAGAGUCAUCGCUGAUUAUAUUAUAAAAUAUCCUGAAAUUCAUUCAGUAGAGGACAGAGAGCAAUACAAAGCAGUUUUUAAUGACCAAUAUCAGGAGUACAAGGACCUGCACAGGGAGAUCACAGCCACUUUAAUGAAGUUUCAGGAAUUAGACAGCAUGAUGAGCCAACUCAUCAAUAACAGGAGAAACCCUGAGGAGAGUAAGAGAAUCAAUGGCUUACUGAAAAAAUAUGAUCAAAAAAAGAAUGACCCAUACUUUCUGGAGAAGAAGGAGCGGUGUGAAUAUCUGAAAGGAAAACUAAGCCACAUCAAGAUGAGGAUUCGGGAUUGUGAUCAAAAUUUCACUGCAAAGGACAGCAAUUACUAAAAAAAAUAUUUUUAUUGUGUAAUUAUUAUUAUGGCGCCUACUUUUUUUUUCUUUUUUUACUGUAAGAAAUGACGGCAGUUUGGCUUAAACUAAUCUAUAAACUUUACUCCU